AUGACUCAUCAGUCGCCGGCAAGAACAGGCCACAACACGGCCCCAAACCGGAGCCGCACUUGGCGCUCUCAGCCAAUCCGAGCGCUCCCAAAAUCCCCCAAAACGUCUCCGCCCGGCUGGUUUUGGGGUGUCAGCAGCUGUCCGGCGCUGGGCAUGGAGCGUGUGCGGGGAGCUGGGGCCGUGCUGGCGGUGCUGGUGGUGCUGGGAGCCCCCCCGGCUGCGGGCGAGGAGCUGUCGGGGGUGUUCCAGCACAUGGCAAAGUUCGAGUGUUACUUCAUGAAUGGCACCGAGCGGGUGAGGUACAUGCACAGGCGCAUCUACAACCGGGAGCAGUACCUGCACUUCGACAGCGAUGUGGGGGUCUAUGUGGGGGACACCCUGGAAGGGGAGAGCCAGGCCAGGUAUGCGAACAGCCAUCCAGACAUCCUGGAGACAACUCAGGCUGAGGUGGACAGGUACUGCCGGCACAACUACAGGAUCGUCACCCCGUUCAGUGUGGAGAGGAGAG